UCAAUUUCUUAUAUAUGUCUCCGUCCUACCUACUGAUGAUCAGAUUCAAUUAGCUCAUUCAUCGUCGUCUUUUAUUGUUUCUGGAAGUUAACGAAUUGAAAUGGCCAGCUGGGGGGGCGCAUUGAAGAAGGUGGCCAGCGAAGGAGGAGGAGGAUCCGAGAGUGGAGGCUCCGAGAGCGGUGCCGACGACAGCAGCGGCAAUAGCAGCAAUACUUUCGAGUAUUUCGGAUGGGUCUAUCACUUAGGAGUUAAUUCCAUUGGUCAUGAAUAUUGCCAUCUCCGUUACCUCUGUAUCCGAGGAAAGUACGUCGAGAUGUACAAAAGAGACCCUCGCGAAAAUCCUGGCGUUAAACCCAUUCGGAGGGGUGUUGUCGGUCACACACUUAUGGUGGAAGAGCUAGGUCGCCGAAAGGUUAACAGUGGGGAUCUUUACGUUCUAAGAUUUUACAACCGGUUGGAUGAGACAAGAAAGGGAGAAAUUGCUUGUGCUAACGCUGGUGAGGCCCGAAAAUGGAUGGAAGCAUUUGAUCAUGCAAAGCAACAGGCGGAGUAUGAGCUUUCAAGAGGUGCUAGCACAAGAAGCAAGUUGAACGUGGAGAACGAGAUCAAUCUUGAAGGGCAUCGGCCUAGGGUAAGGCGGUAUGCACAUGGCUUGAAAAAGCUUAUAAGAAUAGGACAAGGUCCUGAGAUGCUAUUACGCCAAUCAUCAAGCUUGGAGGGGAGAGGCAGAGCAGAUGCAUUCUUUGAUGCACAUGGUGGAGAUGCAGUUGAAGCACAUGAAUGGAAAUGUGUCCGGACAAUCAAUGGUGUUAGAAUAUUUGAAGAUGUAGCUAGCUCUGAGAGUGGUAAGGGCGUUGUUGUCAAGGCUGUAGGUGUUGUUGAUGCCAGUGCUGACACUGUCUUCGAUGUGGUUUUGAGUCUUGAUCGCCACCAGAGAUAUGAGUGGGAUACAUUGACAGGUGACUUGGAGUUGGUUAAUUAUGAAAAUGGACACUAUGACGUCGUGUAUGGAGUUUUUGAUCCCAAUUAUUUAACUUGGUGGCGGUCCAAGAGAGAUUUUGUUUUCUCUAGGCAAUGGUUUCGUGGACAGGAUGGAACAUAUACAAUCUUGCAGUUUCCUGCCGUGCACAAGAACCGGCCACCAAAAUCUGGAUAUCGACGCACCAAAAUUAAUCCUUCUUCAUGGGAGAUAAAAAACUUAAAUACAUCCUCAUCAUCAAAGGUGGCCCAAUGCCUUGUGACACAAACGCUAGAGAUAAACACCAAAGGCUGGUUUAAAUGGAAGAAGGAUUACAGCCCUAAGUUCGAAAAAACUAUUCCAUUUGCACUGCUGAGUCAAGUGUCAGGUUUGAAGGAAUAUGUUGGAGCUAAUCCUGCACUUACAGCUGAAUCUCCCACAACUGUUAUCCAUUCUAAGAUUUCCGAUGUUUUAGCAUCCAAUGGUGAAUUGGAAGUGGCAGAAGCACCAGAUGAAUUCUAUGAUGCAAUUGCUGGUGAUUCAUCUUCAGAAGAUGAUAACAGCGAUGAUGACUCAGAAAAAGUCAAUAAGAAUAGAAGAAUCAAAUUGAAAAAUGUUUCAUGGGCCAUAGCAAGCUUGGCAUUGCAGAGAAUGUCAGCACCAGAUGCUAACAAGGAGUUAAACCCAGAUGUCACUCCAAUCAAUCUUGACGCAUUUCAGUUCCAUGGUUCCAUGCAACGAGGGGGGGAUGAGACUGAUACUAACUGCUGGACUUCUCCUAGUGGCACAGGAUUCAUGAUCAGAGGCAAGUCAUACUUGAAAGACAGCAUAAAGGUAAAAGGGGGUGAGCCACUUCUGAAGCUCAUAGCUGUGGACUGGUUUAAUGUAGAUAACCGUGUUGACAACAUUGCACUGCAUCCUAAAUGCCUUGUUCAGUCUGAAGCAGGGAAGAAAGUUCCGUUCAUCCUUGUUAUAAAUCUUCAGGUUCCUGCCAAACCAAACUACAGCAUGGUUCUUUAUUAUGCUGCUGACAGACCAGUAAAUAAAAAUUCUUUGUUGGGUAAAUUUGUGGAGGGGACUGACAUGUUCCGGGAUUCAAGAUUCAAACUGAUUCCAAGCAUUGUUGAGGGAUAUUGGAUGGUCAAACGUGCCGUUGGAACUAAAGCUUGCCUGCUUGGGAAAGCAGUAACGUGCAAAUACCUUAGACAAGACAAUUUUCUGGAGAUUGAUGUGGACAUUGGCUCAUCAUCUGUGGCAAGGAGUGUGAUUGGUCUUGUCCUUGGAUAUGUCACCAGCAUUGUCGUUGAUCUUGCAAUAUUGAUAGAGGCAAAAGAAGAGGCAGAACUACCCGAGUAUAUUCUAGGAACUGUUAGACUAAAUCGCGUUAGGCUUGAUUCUGCUGUACGAUUGGAGAAUUGAGGUUUUUGAUAAGUAAGAGCAUUUUUACUACUUAUUGAAAAAAAAAAAAAUUUUUUUUGACCAUUCUAUUCUAUGUGGUUGAGCUGUUAUUCUCCCUGUAUUGAUUCUGAUAUUUUACAAAAAUCAUGCGGAACCGUGAUAGUUUACUAGAUAUCCCUCAAAUUGUAGUUUUGUGCUGAGGAAAAGCCUCUACUUU